AUGUCUCUCUAUUACGACGCGGUCUCGGUCCUGACUGCCCCCGCAUCAACAGGCGGCUCCUUCAAAUCGCGCAUCUACAGCUCGCGGAACCUCAAAUCCUCCCCGGCGCAAAUCUACGCGCUGGUCAUCGAGGCCUCGAAAUGGGAUAUCCUCCUCAAAGAGGUCAUUGAGGCCGCGGGGCUCCUCAAACAAGAGCCCAAGCUCACCCCGUUACUUGCCCUGCUCCUCGUCCACGACCAUCUCCUCGCCAAGAACGGCAUCGCCGCGAACGCAAACCAUCCGCUCCGCCAGGCGGUCGAGAGACACAAGACGCGACUGAAGGGGGAAUUCAUCAAGGCGCGCGUGCGCCGCGGAUGCGCCUCGAUCCCCGAUCUGAAGGCCGCCGUGCUGCGCGAGAAACAGGCCGCGCAGGGUCUGCUCGGGGGUUGUUCGACGGCGGUGUAUCCGCGCUGGGUGCGGAUCAACAACGUCCGCACGACGAUGGAGGAGCAGCUCCAGUCGACGUUCAAGGCGUAUACGAGGGUCACCUCGCUCGCGCAGCUAGGGGAUAAAGACGAGGCGAAGCUGUACGUUGACCCUCACGUGCCGGAUCUGGUGGCCGUCGCGCCCGGCGUGGACUUCACCUCGUCCCCUGCGUACAAGAACGGGCAGAUCAUCCUGCAGGACAAGGCGUCGUGCUUCCCGGCGUAUCUGUUGCUUGGGGAGAGCGAGGCGUGGUCCGGCGAUCUGCUGGAUGGCUGCGCGGCGCCGGGGAACAAGACGACGCACAUGGCUUCUUUGCUUGCCAAGCAUGCCGCCGGCAAGAACGCAACCCGCCGCAUCUUCUCCAUGGAUGCUUCCAAGGUGCGGUCCAAGACAUUGCAGAAAAUGGUCACCGCCGCGGGCGCGGACAACAUCGUCACCGUCCUCCCGGGCCAGGAUUUCCUGGCGCUCGACCCCGCCGAGUCCCGCUUCGCAAACGUCACCGGCCUCCUCCUCGACCCCAGCUGCUCCGGCAGCGGGAUCGUCGGCCGCGACGACGUCCCCAAACUCGCCCUCCCCGUGGCUGCAUCCACGCAGACCGGCAAAUCGCAGGGGAAGAAGCGCAAGCGCAGACAUGACGACGAGGAGGAGACGCAGCCCGCGGACGCUGCAGCCGCCGCGUCAGCCACAGACGAAAACGAGUUCUCGAGCGCAACCCUCGACCCGGACCGUCUGACCAAACUCUCCAACCUGCAAGCGCGCAUCGUCGAACAUGCGCUCAGCUUCCCGGCCGCCACCCGCGUCACGUACAGUACGUGCUCCAUCCACCUGAUCGAGAACGAGGCGGUCGUUUCUCGUGUGCUGGCCUCGGACGUAGCGCGCUCUCGCGGCUGGAGGAUCAUGCGCCGGGAGGAGCAGCCCGACGGCAUGAAGGUCUGGCCACACCGCGGUGUGAGGACGGAGAGCCGGUAUGGUGAUGCGGAGGGUGAUGGGGGGGCUGCUGCUGCUGUCGAUUUAUCUGAUGAACAGCUGGAGGCUUGUUUGCGGUGUUGGGCUGGUGACGAGGAGGGCCUCGGUGGGUUUUUCGUCGCGGGGUUUGUGCGUGACGAAAGCCUUGCUGCUAGGGAAGCGCAAGUGUCUCCGCGUAUGGACGGGGAUAAGGGAGGCAGUGAUGAGGACGAGUGGGAGGGCUUCUCUGAUUAG